GCUUUUGAGAUCGAGAUUAAUGGAUCCAUUCACAAUCCAUCCAAAAUCUUCAGACCCAAUGCUCAUCUCCUCACCAAUCUUCAUCUAAUUAUCUCUUUUCAGACACAUCAUCUCACCAGUUUCUUUACUCCAUCGACGAAGUUGCACCUCCAAAAAAAAUUCAUCAGAUUACUGGUUUUAUUGAUUCGUAGCAUGCGAAAGGAAGAUGAUGGGUUCUGAAAAACGUACUCUUUCUAAAGUUCCUGAGAUCUCAGGUUUGCGAGAAAAGCAUCAACAAGAUCUAGAGAAACUGACAUUGACCUCACAGCCACUCAAAACUUUGAGAUUCUUUGUUGUUGCUGUUUUGCUAUAUGUUAGAAGAUCCACUGCCUACCUUCUUGCGAAUGUCGGCUGGCUUAUGCUUUUUAGUAGCAUUUUUGUGGCCUUUGCAGCUCUGCUUGUGACCUUAGAUGGCCCUCACGUCAAGCACCUUGAAGAAAUGUCUGAGUAUAUCAGGUUUGGACUCUGGUGGAUUUUUUUAGGUGUUGCAUCAUCUAUUGGUCUUGGAUCUGGUUUGCAUACAUUUGUUCUUUAUUUAGGUCCGCAUAUUGCUUUGUUUACCAUAAAAGCAAUGCAGUGUGGACGAGUCGAUUUAAAAAGUGCUAUAUAUGACACAAUUCAGUUGAAGAGAAGUCCUUCAUGGCUUGAUAAACCUUGCCACGAGUUUGGCUCCCCAGUCUUUUCUUCAGGAGUUCCUCUUAGCAGCAUACUGCCUCAGAUUCAGAUAGAGGCCAUCCUCUGGGGUCUAGGAACAGCGUUGGGAGAACUUCCUCCUUACUUUAUUUCCAGGGCAGCAAGUCUUUCCGGUGGCAAAAUGGAAGAACUGGAGACAUGUUCUGGUGAUGAUAACGGAUUCUUUGCUAAACGCGUAAAUCAGAUCAAAGGCUGGCUAUUAUCACAUUCACAAUACCUCAACUUCUUCACAAUUCUGAUUCUUGCUUCGGUGCCUAACCCAUUGUUCGACCUUGCUGGAAUCAUGUGUGGACAAUUCGAGAAACCAUUUUGGGAGUUUUUCCUUGCAACAUUGAUUGGAAAGGCAAUUAUCAAGACACAUAUACAGACAGUUUUCAUCAUAUCAGUCUGUAAUAAUCAGCUUCUUGACUGGGUAGAGAAUGAGCUUAUAUAUAUUCUGAGCUUUGUGCCCGGUUUUGCUUCUGCAUUGCCUGAGCUCACAGGGAAACUCCGCUUAAUGAAAGAGAAGUACUUGGUUGCCUCGCCUCCAGUAACUUCUGAUAUCAAUGUAAAGAAAUGGGAUCUUUCUUUUGCAUCGGUGUGGAAUGGAGUUGUGUGGCUGAUGCUUUUGAAUUUCUUCGGCCAGAUUGUGACUUCAACUGCACAGAGAUACCUCAAGAAGCAACAAGAAGAAGAACUAGAUGCCUUGACCAACAAAUCGUCGCCAAACACAAAGAGAUCUAAGUAGUCCAGAACCUAAUCUAUUGUUACUAACUUUGGGUUUUUUUUCUUUUCUUUUUUUCUUCAUAGAAACCAUACGAUUGUGUUUUUUCUUAUCUGAGAACAAAAGAAAUUUGUCCAUAAAGAAGAAAACAGAUUGAAAGUUGAAAGGAAGUUCUAACUAGUUUUUCCCUUUAA